GCACGCGGGGGUCUUCUCUAGAUGGGAGUGGAGCCUGGGGACAAAGCCAGGAAGAUCCGAUAAUAGGGAUGGAGAAAGGUGUCCCCCGGAAUCAAUCGCCCCCGUGCCUGCUUGUCCAGAAAGUCGGCAAUUACCUCUGCUAUAGGUCUCGUGGGACAGGGCACUUCAUCUGAGCGGCCUCCAUCCAGCAGGGCGACUAUGUCUACGCCAGUGCUUUCUCCGUGAACUCUAACAACCGUCUACACUUUUGAGACCCCUCGUCUCUGGAUCCAUGGCUUCCGGACGCAUUGCUGCGCAAUGCGCACGUCCUGCGAACCCGCUGCGCGUCUUCGAGCAAUCGUACACCGAGGACAGCGGCGAAGUGACGCCGCUCCUGUUCCCGAUAGACUUUGCGGACGAGAUCAUAGAACACCCCCGCGCGCCCGAGCUCACCCGCCGUCGAUCCUCCGACGAUUCCUUCGGGCCAGAGACGCCGCCAGAGUGGAUCGACGCGGUAUGGCAGAACGUGCGGGAGGCUAAGGAGCGCGGAUUUAAGCAUAGACAGGGCAGGCCCGAAGGGCCCGCCAGGCACCCCGCGCAGAAGCCGAAGCUCGUGAGGCGGAAGUCGAUUGUCAAUUUCAAAGAGUCUGCCGAUGGCCGCACGGUCACAGCGGUAUUCGACCUGGAGGGGGUUAAGAAGGAGGAUAUGCACGUUAGCUUCCACUCGAAGCGGGUUACGAUUACAUGGAAGACAGUGAGCGUCAUUGAAUACGAGGAAGAAGGUACUAUGGUCAGAGAGAGGGAAGAGAAGCAGUUCAGUCGGACUAUACCGCUGCCCGAAGAUACCAAGUUUGAAGAGGUCCGCGCUAUCAAGGAAGGCGGUCGUCUUGUCUUGCACUAUCCUAACAUGCGAUGCAUCCGCGUAGAGCGACGUCCUACUGAAGCCACUCAGCGGAAACCCAGCGGCGGCUCGGGGCGACAUGUAGACCAUCACGUUUAG